AGAGAGAGAGAGAGAGAGAGAAGCACGUAGGUAGAUGAAGCAUAACAGAGCUUCUGCUGGGGACACCCAACGGACCAAGGACCCGCCCAGACCACUUUUAGGAACCACUGCGGGGCGGGCUCGGCGGGAGGAGGUGCUGCGCUCAAGGAGCCUAUGAGGAGCUGUUCCACCACUCUGGUGCUGAAUCCAGCUCUCACUCUCGAACGAGGUGCUUUCAGUUAUUGGCAAAGUCGGCUCCAAGAGGUGCCCUGGAGUGUGGAUCUGACCCUUUAAGAAAAAGGAUCCGUAGGAAGACGAGGCAGGCGAGGAAGCCAAGCGCAGAAGGGAACAGUUGCAGGAGCUGUAAACGUCGAUCACAGCUCCCAUCUCAGAGGAAGUCCUGCUGCUGUUUCCAUGGAGUAUCUGAGGAUCAGGAUGGAGUGAAAGGAGGAGAGGCAUUUCAAGGAGGUGGGAGGGGGUCAGGCUCUGCGGAGGAGAGGGAACAUUGAAAUAGAGAAAAAGGAAGGGAGUAAAACCAACGCUUGUGCCUGCGAAUUUGGGAUUCUAUUGGAAGAAAUCUCUCACUCAGGGGGAAAUGGAUUCUCUACAAAGACUGAACGGCCUUUUGACUUUGGUGCUCUCUGCCUUGUGGCAUUUAGGAUUAACAGCGUCAAACUACAACUGUGAUGACCCACUGGCCUCCUUCUUCUCACCCAUGACUUUCUCCAGUUCCUUAGAUCUCACUGGAAGUUACAGCUCAGCUCAACUGAACUGGAAAAUGGGAACUGGUGGUUGGUCCCCAGUAGAUUCGAAUGCCCAACAAUGGCUCCAGAUUGACCUUGGAAACAGAGUGGAGAUUACAGCUGUAGCCACACAGGGAAGAUAUGGGAGCUCUGACUGGGUGACAAGCUAUCGCCUGAUGUUCAGCGACACAGGGCACAACUGGCAACAUUACACUCAAGAAGACAGCAUCUGGACAUUUGUAGGAAAUAUGAAUGCCGACAGUGUGGUUCACCACAGACUGCUGCACUCCAUGAGAGCGCGCUUUGUUCGUUUUGUGCCCCUGGAAUGGAAUCCAAAUGGAAAGAUUGGCAUGAGAGUGGAGGCCUAUGGAUGCUCCUAUAGAUCAGAUGUAGCUGACUUUGAUGGCCGGAGCACACUUUUAUACAGGUUCAAUCAGAAGACGAUGAGCACGCUCAAAGAUGUGAUCUCCCUGAAGUUCAAGAGCAUGCAAGGAGAUGGGGUUCUCUUCCAUGGAGAAGGACAACGUGGAGACCACGUUACCCUUGAACUCCAGAAGGGCAGGCUAGCUCUAUACUUGAACCUGGAUGACAGCAAAGCUCGGCUGAGCAGCACAGUGCCCUUGGUCAUCAUGGGUAGCCUUCUAGAUGAUCAGCAUUGGCAUUCAGUUCUCCUGGAGCGAGUGGGCAAGCAGGCAAACUUCACUGUGGACAUGAACACACAGCACUUCCAGACCAAGGGUGAGACAGAUGCUCUGGACAUAGACUAUGAGCUCAGUUUUGGAGGAAUCCCAGUACCAAGCAAACCUGGGACCUUUGUAAAGAAAAACUUCCAUGGCUGUAUGGAAAACCUUUACUACAAUGGAGUGAACAUAAUUGACUUGGCCAAAAGACGCAAGCAUCAGAUCUACUCAGUGGGCAAUGUCACUUUUUCCUGCUCAGAACCACAAAUUGUUCCCAUCACGUUUGUCAACUCCAGGAGCAGUUACCUGAUGCUGCCUGGCACCCCCCAAAUUGAUGGUCUGUCAGUGAGCUUCCAGUUUCGGACAUGGAAUGAGGAUGGUCUGCUUCUGUCCACAGAACUGUCUGAAGGCUCAGGGACCCUGCUGCUCAUCCUGGAGGGUGGGACACUGAGGCUCCUGAUUAAGAAAGUGGCAGGACAUGGAACUGAAAUCAAAACAGGCAGUGGCUUAAAUGAUGGCCUGUGGCAUUCUGUCAGCAUCAAUGCCAGGAGAAAUCGUGUUACUCUCACACUGGAUAAUGAUGCUGCUUCCCCAGCUCCAGAAACUUCCCGAAAACAGAUUUAUUCGGGAAAGAGUUACUACUUUGGAGGGUGCCCUGACAAUCUCACCGAUUCUCAAUGCCUAAACCCCAUUAAGGCUUUCCAAGGCUGCAUGAGGCUCAUCUUUAUUGAUAACCAGCCCAAGGACCUCAUUUCAGUUCAGCAAGGUUCCCUGGGGAAUUUUAGUGAUUUACACAUUGAUCUAUGUAGCAUCAAAGACAGGUGUUUGCCAAACUACUGUGAACAUGGAGGACACUGCGCCCAAACCUGGACUACCUUCUACUGCAACUGUAGUGACACUGGUUACACAGGAGCCACCUGCCAUGACUCCAUCUAUGAACAAUCAUGUGAGGUGUAUAGACACAAAGGACACACAGCUGGGUUCUUCUAUGUUGACUCUGAUGGCAGUGGGCCACUGGGACCCCUUCAGGUGUACUGCAAUAUUACCGAGGACAAGAUCUGGAUGACGGUUCAGCACAACAACACAGAGCUGACUCGUGUACAGGGUUCCAGCCCUGAGAAGCCCUAUUCCAUGACCUUAAACUACGGUGGCAGUAUGGAGCAGCUGGAAGCUCUGAUUGAUGGCUCUGAAUACUGUGAACAGGAGUUGAAAUACCACUGUAGGAGAUCCCGCCUUCUUAACACACUAGACGGAACCCCAUUCACUUGGUGGAUUGGCAGGUCCAAUGAAAGGCACCCUUACUGGGAAGGUUCUGUUCCGGGAGUCCAGCAAUGUGGAUGUGGCCUUGAGGAGAGCUGCCUGGACAAUGCGUAUUUUUGCAAUUGUGAUGCAGACAUGGAUGAGUGGUCAAACAACACUGGCUUGUUUUCCUUGAAAGAUCAUUUGCCUGUAACUCAUGUAAUUAUUACGGAUACCAACCGAUCAAACUCAGAAGCUGCUUGGAGAAUUGGCCCCUUACGUUGCAAUGGUGACCGGCACUUCUGGAACGCCGUCUCAUUUUCUACGGAAGCUUCUUACCUCCACUUUCCUACCUUCCAUGCAGAAUUCAGCGCUGACAUUUCUUUCUUUUUUAAAACCACCGCUUUAUCUGGAGUUUUUCUAGAAAACCUUGGCAUUAAAGACUUCCUCCGACUUGAAAUGAGCUCUCCUUCUGAGGUCACAUUCACCAUUGAUGUUGGGAAUGGCCCUGUGGAGCUCCUUGUCCAGUCUCCUUAUCCUCUGAAUGACAAUCAAUGGCAUUACAUCCGGGCUGAGAGAAAUGUCAAGGAGACUUCACUGCAGGUGGACAACCUUCCACUGAGUUUGAGGGAGGCCUCAGAGGAAGCCUAUUUCCGACUUCAUUUGACUAGCCAGUUGUUUGUAGGAGGAACAUCAUCAAGACAGAAAGGCUUUCUUGGAUGCAUGCGCUCUUUACACUUGAAUGGGCAGAACACAGACCUGAUAGAGAGGGCAAAGUUAAUGUCUGGAGUCACACCUGGCUGUCCAGGUCACUGCAGUAGCUACAGCAGCAACUGCCACAAUGGGGGCAAGUGUGUGGAGAAACAAAGUGGCUAUUCCUGUGACUGCACCAACUCACCAAAUGAAGGACCUUUCUGCCAGAAAGAGAUUUCAGCCCUUUUUGAUCCUGGCACCUCUGUAACAUACAUGUUUCAAGAACCAUACCUGGUGAUCAAGAACACAAGUCUCUUAUCUUCACCUAUCUACACAGAUACAGCUCGAUCCAAAGAAACCAUCAUGCUGAAUUUCUUGACAGCACAAGCCCCCACCAUCUUGCUCUACCUCAAUUUCUCUUCUCAGAAGUUUUUGGCUAUCUUACUUUCCAGCAAUGGAAGUUUACAGAUUCGUUUUCGACUAAGCAAAGGAGAAAGUCAUGUGUAUACCAUGAGCACAGAGAACUUGGCCAAUGGAAGAGUGCACCAGGUGAAGAUUAGCAAAGACGGGCCAGAAAUUUCCAUUCAGAUGGACCAGCAACUCUUCAGCUAUAACUUCUCCACGAAAGUUGAAUUCUGGACACUAAAGUCACUUGUUCUAGGCAAAGUCACAGAGACUCUUGGUUUGGACCCAGAAGUUGCUAAAGUAAACAUCUUGGGUUUUCUUGGAUGCCUUUCUUCAGUCCAGUACAAUCACAUAGCACCAUUGAAAGCAGCCCUCCGCCAUGCUGGCGUUGCACCUGUGACUGUUCAUGGGACCUUGACUGAAUCCGGAUGUGACUCCACUCUAGACUCUGAUGUGAAUGCAGUGACCACUGUGCAUUCUUCAUUAGAACCCAUUGGAAAGAGAGACGAGCAAGAACCACUCACAAACACAGUCCAAAGUGACUCAGCAGUCAUUGGAGGUAUCAUAGCAGUGGUGACAUUUGUCACUUUUUGUGUAAUCGGAAUCAUGAUCUGCUUCCUUUAUCAACAUAAGCAGUCACACCGCACCAAUCAGACGAAGGAGAAGGAAUACCCAGAGACUUUAAGCAAUUCAUUUAGAAAUGUCAUUGACUUGCAAAACACAGCCAGCGAGUGCAAACGGGAAUACUUCAUCUGAACCAUAGCAGGAUUACCUGGUCUGCCUUUUUUAAACUGUUUUCUCUCUCUUUUCUCUUCUCUUUCCUGACUUGUAAUUUAGGGAUUCUCUUUCUCUCACUUACCAUUGAUUUUCUGGAACACACAUGAUCCACCAGAAACACCAAUCUCCUUUACCCAGCUUAUGAGCUCAGGUAGUUGUAGCUACUGUAGUCCUUUGACAUAUGUGUCAUUGUGAAAAUGACCAAUGGAGACACAGACUUUGCUAUUUUAAACAAAUAGUCACAUGUGCCUCUCUUUGUAGUCCAGUUUCUAAACUUCACUCAUUAGUUUCUUAGGUACUUGGUCUUGCAACCGUACAUUAGAAUUGAGUUCUGUGGUGUCUGUCUUUAACAAUCAUUCCUGCCUAAUACCUUAUUCUUAUAUAUUUCACCUUUAUGGGAGAAAAUGGAGUUUGUCUGUGACAAAGAAAGCAGUGUUAACUCUUUCUUUAAGCAGUGUGUUUAUCAAGGAGCCCAAUAGAGUAGGAAGGUAGGUAUGAGGGAAUGUAAAUUCACCUUGGAAAGUAACAUUGAUUCUCAAUGCCCUGUGAGAAAGGGGCAUUGGGAGAUAUUAUGUCACAAAGAAAUACAUUUAAAACUGAGAAAACUUUGUGUGUGUGUGUGUCUGUGUGUGUGUGUCUCUGUGUGUGUGUGUGUCUAUGAUGUGUAUUCAGCAUAACCAGACUUGAAAUAAAAAUCUAAAAUAGUUCCAUGAAAUGUCUUAGGCCAUCUUAAGUCAGCAUCUAAAGAAACUGAAGAGAAAAAACAAAAACAAAGAAAUCGAAAGCAUUGAAUGAACAAGAAGAUCUAUCAACAAAAUUUAUGUCUGAUGAUCCAAUCAAGAAAGUUCAAGUAAGAGAACAGUGUGAAGGUUAGUAGGAUUCACGUUUUAGAACUCAUGUAAUGAGUUCACUCUGACAACUGAGCUUUUUUCUAAGAGCAAGGGACUGGCUGUGGGCAGAUGUUGUCACCACCAGAUCAGAGGAUUAAGUCCUUAGUUUGUAAAGCACAUCACAUUUUAUACCUGCACUCACAUACACAUAGGUGUCCCAUGCACUUGACUUUAUUUGCCUAAAGAAGUCAGUAAAGCAUCUCAGGCUUUUGGUUCUUUUGGUAGUAAAGCAUAUAUUUCACUCAAAGAAGUCACUUGAAUAUGUUAAUUGUAUAUAAUCCUGGUUAUAUUAUGGUGACAAUAUUCUUAACUCUGUCCUUGGACCACCUUAGAGAAAAGAUAAGGAGGAACUAUUUAAACACUUUAGGACCUAGUUACUGCUAGAGGAAAGAUCCUUAAUGAAAAAGUACUAGUCAGUUCACGUUGCAUGGUAGGUCUGACUUAUGGAGUAGCUACUUAACAGUGAGUAGGGAAUCUAUCUUCUUAGUAAAUGUCCUUGCCCUUCACUGUCUAGCACUUCUCUGGAAAAGGAGAUCCCACACAAGCUUUAUCCAGUUUUGAAUUUAUUGCAUUUCUUCCCUCUAAAGUUACAGAGGUAAAGAUUGAGUGUGACGCAACUAUGAGACAUACUCCUAAGUAUAUGUCCUUUCCUUAAAAGUUUCUAUGAAUUCUGACAUACCCUCUUCCUCUUUAGUAUAUUCUUAUUUAUUAUAGUAAAUUUAUUUAAAGCAUCUCUAAUAAGCAUGCUCUUUUCAAUUUUUCUAUCAUUAAUAAUAGAAAUGAUUGUCUAAUAAAAUGAGACAUAUUGAGAGUCUACUUCCUUCUUUUCCUUUAUCUCAGUUCUACAAAUCUACUUUUGAAUUUUCUUACCUCUAUAAAAUGCCAUACAAAUAACUUUAUUGAUUUGCUGCAUAUUCCUCUGUUACCAGAAAUAAAUGCCUUUCUUAAGUUUAGCUCUAAUCAUCUAUAAUAGUGACAUGACAAGUAAAGUAAGAGUAUUCACACUGGAAGAGUUGUUUUACUAGAGUGCUUAGAAGCAAGUACCAUAUUUUGCUGCCAUGAUAUUCAUGGAUACAUAUUGUUACAAAAAAUUCCAUGUGUAUAGUUCCCUAGUCCAAUUAGAUCUAUUUACUGAUAAUCAUGAAUAGAAAUGCAAAAAGCCUGCCUUUGCCCUUGGAAUAGCACACAUUUUACUGUCUUCAAUCUGGGAUGUGAAGGCUAUUCAGACAUGUAAACAAAAUGUAUGAUAUAUGCCAAGUUGGUGCAUUAUUGUAAGUUAUCUCAGGGCUACAUCAGAAUUUCCACACAAUUCCAUACCACACAUCACGUGAAAAUCUGUUAAUCCUCACCCUCAUACAAUGAGUGACAUCAAAGUGAGCAUCAGGGGUCAGUAUGGGGGCAGUGAAGAUCUAUUGGUUUCUGUAUGUAUUCAAUUAUGUUAUAGAAACAGAAAUCUACUCAUGGCAACAGAAACCAGAGACCAAGGACUAUAUAUAAUUAAUGUGUAAACCAUUUCCAGUAGUUUCUAGAAAUGAAUACAUUUCUGGACUCUUCUUAGAAUUUUGCAUCUUAUUUAUUAAUCUACCAGAUGAAUGCUUGAUUUCUCUUCAUCAAGCUACCUAUGCGUCCAUACAAACAAAUGUCUACAGAAGGUAGUAAAUUAACUCUUUGAACAAAGAAAGAACAAAUCAUCCCUAUAUCAACCACAAUGUUUUUGGAUAGGUUUACUACAUAUCUAUGGCUAGUCUGGGACUCUUUGAUAAAUCAGGUGCUUGUAAACACUCAAAGAGAACCACCUGACACUGCCAUGGUUUAAUCCAUCAUCUCUGCCUAUAUCAGAUACAUUUGAAAGGUUGCCAAAUUUUCUAUAUUAUUGUUAAGGCAUUCCAAAUAUAUGGCUCUGCAUUUAGAAGACCCAUGUAAUGUCUCUAGGCAGAAAACAAUAGUCUCUACUUCCGCCAACCUCUGGAAUCCACUUAUGCCAUGGGUUUUUCAAUAUCUUUUAAGCUGCUUGGUCGUUUGACAUCUUUAACUCGCCACACUCUGCCCUAAAGAACUAAUUGACUAUAUUUUUGGAAAUCUCUGAGAACUAGAAAUCAUCUAUUAAGUGAAUAAUUAAUAAGUAUUUUGUCCUUAUAAAUGAGGUCAUAUUUAUGUGUCUGAUAUAUAUAUAUAUUUCUAUUAGAAAGUUUAUGCACACUCUCUCUCCAUACCAUAUCACCUUAAUUAUAAGACUCAAACUGGGAAGGUACAUUCGAAUCAUCCUCCUGGUAUCUAUUGGCAUGGACUCCAAUCUACGGAACUGUUGUUUUAGUGUGUUUGUCUACCAACCUCUUCAUUUCUUUUGAAUUCCCUAGAGCUAAAAUCUAUAAACACUAUUAUAUCAACCAUCUGUCAAGAAGCUUCUGGACAUCUACAUUUUCCUGCUCCUCAUUGUUCCUGAAAUCAUUGCUUGGGUAUGCUUGUCCCUCAACUGUCCUCCAGGUCUUGUUUCAAUUAAUAAAUAAACAUGCAAAGUAGCAAAGGUGGAUAAUGGAAGGGCGGUUCAGGAAAAUGUGAACAUGCUUCAGUUAUUGAAGGAUGGCUGAGGGCUGUUUCAUGUCUCUCACACAGAUUAGAAAUGAUUUAUUUAAAAGAUUCAUACUUUAUCUGAAGCACUUCUGUAUACCAGUUCAUGAGGAUUUCUCAGUGUAUCUUUGACUUUACCCAAAGUCUUCCUCAUGUCAUUUGUUCAGAAAAUGUUUCUGUUUCUUUUUUUCAUCCCUGUAAUCAAAAAGUCUAAACAGUUGGUCUAUUUAAAAGGGGAGAAUGUAUAACACACACACACACACACACACACACACACACAAACAUACACAAACACACACACACACACACACACACAAACAAAACACCCUUACACACACAUACAAAGAUAUGAAGGGAGGAAGAAGGAAAGACCAAAAAGAGAGAGACAGACAAGGAGACAGAGACAGAGAGAUUAAAAUUAGUAGGGCUAUUUUUCAAAUAUUAUCUAGGAAACUGUAGGAUCAGCACUUUCUUUUAGAAAUUCUUUAAAUGCAUCAGGCAAAGUUCUCAUGAGUGGCUUUGCUAUUUUUGAGUGAAUCUUCCCCUCCUCUUACUUAUCACUAAGGUACUCUAUGGAAGAGCAAGUAGCAUAUUUUGUAGUGAAACAGUGAAAUUUGUAUGCUGGUACAUUAUUAUUUGUAAAGUUUACAGUCUACAAAGUGGUUAAGUAAAAAUAAGAAAGACUUAAGUAACAGUGGGCUUUUCUGCUAGAGCAGAAUUGAUAGGAUUUAGUCAAGGAGAAAAGGAAUAUACAUAAAACAGGUAAUGCCUGUUAGAGGUGAAGAUUGCCAAAUCUUCCACUGUUAAGUAAAGGGUUUUGUUUUAUUCUGGCUCCUAACUAAGGAGUGUUUUUCAUGCAUUUGUCUUACACCUUAGGGAAGAGGAAACAUUACAGGGCUUGAAUGAGAAAUAUUUUACUUAUCCACAUCCAGCAUUUUCAUUCUACCCUCAUGAUUUUAAAGUACAUUAGGACAGUGCAUGUAUGCUUUGGAAUUAUCACCACAAUGAAUGUAUCUGCCCAGGGUGAGUACCAUAAUUGCUGCUUUAAGUAAAAUAAACUAUUAUCAAGACUCUCAGGUCCAUUGCCCUUAAUCAAAUGCUCCAUGGAUGGAAGAAAAGAAAUGUUGGAGUUACUCAAGUGUCUUUCCUACCCCUUAAUUGGUCAUACCAUCUUGGCAUCUAUAAUGAGAGAAAGCUGUGAAAGUAUCCAUCCACUAUAGCAUAUACUUCAGACAGACAACACCUAACACUCUCUGAGCACUUUUCCAUUGAUGCUCUUAGUACACAAGUCAAAGUUGCAUCAAAGAGCAGACUGAUAUUAUGAAGCUUGCCUCAAGUUAUAAUAAAGUUAAUGUGUGCCAAUGAUUACAGUCUGGUCACAAUUUUAUUAUCAUUGUAUAGUUCCAUACUUUAAAUUCCAAGAGUAAACCUCAGAGGACCUUAAAAAGGCAUGGGGUAAGCAGAACAGGGCUCUGUCACCAUGAAGCCUCCUUGAAUGACUGCCCCUGAUGGAGACAUUUUCACUGUAAACUUAGAGGAUAACUGAAAGAGCCUCUGCCUAGUUAUACUUCCAUAUUAUAGUCAGCCAUAUCCCAAUGACAUAAAUGAAGUACUAGCUUAAUUGCUUCUCUUUGAAUGGCAGUAACAAGUAUAAUCUUGUCCUGCAUGAAAUUCUUUUGCAAAAUAAGGAAAGUAAAUAACCAUACCUUGCAUAAAGUAGUGUGGUUUAAUCAUGAGAAUGACUUUGUAUUUUUUUUUUUAUUAACUUGAGUAUUUCUUAUAUACAUUUCGAGUGUUAUUCCCUUUCCCGGUUUCUGGGCAAACAUCCCCCUCCCCCCUCCCCUUCCUUAUGGGUGGUCCCCUCCCCAUCCUCCCCUCCUUGCCGCCCUCCCCCCAUAGACUAGUUCACUGGGAGUUCAGUCUUAGCAGGACCCAGGGCUUCCCCUUCCACUGGUGCUCUUACUAGGAUAUUCAUUGCUACCUAUGAGGUCAGAGUCCAGGGUCAGUCCAUGUAUAGUCUUUAGGUAGUGGCUUAGUCCCUGGAAGCUCUGGUUGCUUGGCAUUGUUGUACUUUUGGGGUCUCGAGCCCCUUCAAGCUCUUCCAGUUCUUUCUCUGAUUCCUUCAACGGGGGUCCCAUUCUCAGUUCAGUGGUUUGCUGCUGGCAUUCGCCUCUGUAUUUGCUGUAUUCUGGCUGUGUCUCUCAGGAGCGAUCUACAUCCAGCUCCUGUCAGCCUGCACUUCUUUGCUUCAUCCAUCUUGUCUAAUUGCAUGGCUGUAUAUGUAUGGGCCACAUGUGGGGCAGGCUCUGAAUGGGUGUUCCUUCUGUCUCUAUUUUAAUCUUUGCCUCUCUAUUCCCUGCAAGGGUAUUCUUGUUCCCCUUUAAAGAAGGAGUGAAGCAUUCACAUUUUGAUCAUCUGUCUUGAGUUUCAUGUGUUCUAGGCAUCUAGGGUAAUUCAAGCAUUUGGGCUAAUAGCCACUUAUCAAUGAGUGCAUACCAUGUGUGUUUCUCUGUGAUUGGGUUACCUAACUCAGGAUGAUAUUUUCCAGUUCCAACCAUUUGCCUACGAAUUUCAUAAAGUCAUUGUUUUUGAUAGCUGAGUAAUAUUCCAUUGUGUAGAUGUACCACAUUUUCUGUAUCCAUUCCUCUGUUGAAGGGCAUCUUACUUUGAAUUUGUGGAGGGUGAAUGCCAGUAAUUUUCUCCUGAACUUGGCAGUAGACAGGUUUCCUAAUUUCCUAUAAUUUCUUUAAGAAACAUAUUCUACUGCCACCUAGCCUAUAGCAGGGAAGUAGAACAUAAUGAAUUUAAGACACGCAACAUAGCACAUUCUAUUUAUACCAAAUAUAGUAAGAAAAAUUCCCAUUUGGUUCAUGAAAUUUCAAAUAAUUAUCAUUUUAAUUUUAAAUGAGAUAUUAGAGUCUUUCUGGCAUUGCCUUUCUUUCCUUGGAAGAAUGAGAGGUCAGGGAGAUAACUUUUAGAAAGUGAAUAGCAAAUUAUAGAAGUACUUUGUAGAUAUACACAAAAGUAUAUAUCAUUCUUUUGAUAAAAGCACAACAGAGGCAAAGAGACCAUUUUUCUUUUUCUGGAUAUUAUGUCUUUUGUUCCUGUAACAGAAUCUUCAGUCUCUUGUGAUGUUGUAUUAUUCCAAGUCUGUUAUAUAGGUAAUGUAACAUAUUUUAAUUCAUUGUAUGGAGAAAAUUAAAGUUAACCUUAUAUUUCUUUGUUUUCUAUGUUACUUGCUGUACAGAAGAAUUAUUUGUAAAUGUUGUAUAUUUAAUAAAGAGAACAUUUUGUAUU